AUGUUAAAUAUUGUUAUCAAAGACUUAUUAUUACUUAUUAUUUUAAUAUGGACACUAGACCGUUCUGAUGUUGUUGAACGCACCUGCAAUUCAGUCUGGGAAAAGAUAUUUAAAGCGCAGGAUAAAUCAAAUCCAAGUGGGAACAGAUCAUUAACAGAAAAUGAGGAGAUGCACGAUGAAGUAAACGAUAGGUCAUGUUCGAAUAUAUCUAUCAGAUCCCGAGGAAGCAACAAUUGUGCAAAUAGACAGAACGAAGGCGGAUCUUCCAAUUCGCAUGUUGGCGAUACCCGCUAUUCUCCACCCUCCGAUAAUUAUAAUUAUUUGGUUCCUGAAGGUUAUAUUCAUCAUUCCAACGAAAAUACUGAUAAUUAUUCAAAAGACCAAGAUGUGAAUGUUCCAUCCAGAGAGAGACGUAGAAGCCAGAAUGCAGGAAGUUCUAAUGGACGAAAAUGUGACAACCCAUAUCGUCCACAUUCUGAGGAACUACCGUACGAACACCCUGAGGGACCACCUGACCAACAUUUCGAACGAACAGAUCACCAUUAUUCGGAGAACCCAUAUGGACAAAAUUCAGAAAUAGCAAAUUCUCAAAAUGUGCCUUAUGAUGAGAUCAAUCCAUUUAACAAUUGGCAUCGAAAUUAUGAUCAUAUACGAUAUGCACCUAUUGACGACGACGAUGACGUUAGUGAGGGCUCAACCUCUGAAGAAGAUAAUCUUUCAAAUUAUUCAUUCAAUUAUUCCCUGCCCCGUGGUCGUAGGAAUCUCUACCAAUAUAAAGUAGAGAGUAGACGGCACGGACCAUUUAGAACUGAUGAUUCUUCAGCGUACGAUGAUAGUUCUGAUACUCAUUCCUUAAGAGGAAAUAAAUAUGUAAUUCCUGAGCAUGAUAAUCAUAAUGCAUUCGGACGUCACGAUGGCAGGGAGGAUGAUUUGGCAUUCAUGGACCAGCACUACAGAUUUCCUUUAGAAAAGAGUCACUCUGCUCAUGGAAAUGGUGAAUAUGUUGUAAAUGAAAAAGACGGUAAAAAGUAUGAAAGUUAUGACUUAAGAAUAAAGCCCCAUAGUAAAAACACUUCCAGAGUUCAUAAGCGUAUAAAACGUUAUAUAAAGAAAUAUGAUGGAAAAGUUGUGAAGCAGUUACCCUUCCUUUCUACUGCUUUUUUCAUUGGAGGUAUCGUGUUUUCCUGCUUGUAUUAUGUAGCAAUACCAAUCAUAUGCAGUACUUUAUCCUUUAUAUUCACGUCCUACUAUAUUAAAAGAUUAAAAAUUAAAAGGAAAAAACAAAAACGAAUAAAACGUGAAUAUCUUAUGAACUUGUAG